AUGUUAAAUUGUACUUCACUUCAAUUGUUUGAUUACAAUUCAGAUUUUAGCACAAAAAUAAUAUUAAAUCUUUUUUCCUUUAAAUCUUAUUAUCAACCUUUCCACAAAUAUAUAAGUGUUAUUCUUUGUCUUUUGGGUAUCAUAACAAACAAUAUCCACAUAUGGGUUCUUUCGAGAAAGCAGAUGCGUUUUCAGUCAGUUCAUAUUGUUCUUAUAUUCAUAGCAUCAGCCGACAUUGGCACAAUGUUAUCAUAUUUGAUUUAUAUCAUACGCUUUGAAUUUUUCAAUGAUGAAGGAUAUGCAUAUAAAUGGACAGUGUUUUUACAUUUUCAUGCUUCAGUCUCUAUUGCACUUCAUGGGCUUUCAAUUUAUCUUGUCGUAUUUAUGGCAUUUAUUCGAUGUCAGGUAAUGAAAGUAAAAACGGGACAAUCUAUUUGGAUGCUUCCUCAUGUUGCUUUAUUGUCAGCAUCAGUUAUUACUUUGACAUUAUUUAUUCUUUCUAUUCCAACAUAUUUAGCUCAUGAAAUUGUAGAAAGGACAACAACUAAAGAUGGAAUUAUUAAGUAUACUAUUAUUAUAGCAAGAAAUUACCGAGCUAAUGAUUGUGUUGCAUUUAAAAUAUACCUUUGGGUUACAGGAAUAUUAAUAAAAGCAGUACCUUGUUUUCUUUUAAUGUUUUUUACUUUAGGACUGUUAAAAAAGUUACGUGAAAAUCAAAAAAAAAGAAAUUUAUUAUUUAGUCAACAUACUUCAGUAUUAUUAACUGAAAAUACUGUAAAUGAAAAAGAAACACUUAAAGAAUGUAAUUAUCAAAAAGAAAAUAACAAACUUCUUAGUAGAAAUAGAAAUAGUAGUAAACGUCAAAAUACUCCUGAUCGCACAAACAAAAUGCUUUUAUUAAUGGUAACAAUUUUUUUAAUAACUGAAUUACCACAAGGUAUAUGUGCUAUACUUAAUGCUUUAUUUACUCAACAAUUUCAUGAAAUUGUAUAUUCAAAUUUAGCAGAUGUUCUAGAUUUACUAUCAUUAAUUAAUUGUUUUGUGGCAUUCAUUGUUUAUACAUCAACAUGUUCUAGGUAUCGAAGAUUAUUACUUGAUGUAUUAAAACCUUUAAUACCAAAAUGUCUAAAUAAAAAUGAAGCAAUAAAUGAAGAUAAAAUAUGA